GGCGCAAAUCCCUUCAUCCAGAUACAGAAUGGAGCGAAGUAGCGUAAAGCCGGGCGAGAUCCCUUCAAGAUACCAAGAAUUCGCCGUUGGUUCUGGUGGUGACUAUCAGCGUUCAGGCUCUUCCGCCCCCGCGUGGGAUCCGAGAUACUGGUCUAAGAAAGUAUGGAUCGGCAUCGCUGUUGUCAUCGUCAUCGCCAUUAUCAUUGGUGUGGCUGUUGGUGUUACACAAGGGAAGAAGAGCUCAUAUCCCGACUAUUCCCAGCUCUCAUACACCCUAAAGGAUACAUUCCAGGGAGAAACCUUUUUUGACAACUUCAACUACUUCACAGGAUUUGACCCUGCCGGAGGCUUCGUUCACUACGUUGAUGCUGGUAGAGCUCAGCAGCUGAACCUGACCUUUGCAUCCCAAGAUGCUGCAGUCCUCAAAGUCGACACCUCUGUCGGCCCGGGAAGCAACCCCGAUGCUUCUACGGGUCGCUUCUCGGUGCGAUUAGAAUCCAAAAACACGUACAACAACGGCCUCUUCAUCUUUGACGUCCGUCACACUCCGUUUGGCUGUGGCACUUGGCCCGCUCUCUGGCUCACUGAUCCGUCCAACUGGCCCAAGAAUGGCGAGAUCGACGUCAUGGAGGCCACAAACAAGGCCAGCGACGGAAACCAGAUGACGCUUCACACCUCCAGUGACUGCUCCAUGAGUGUCAAGAGGAAGCAGACGGACAAGGCCCUGCAGACCAACUGCGACGCUACCAAGAACAGCAACGCAGGCUGCGGCGUCCAGGGUGCGGACAACACCUUUGGCUCGGCUUACAACAACAAUGGAGGCGGCAUCAUGGCCAUGGAGUGGCGAGAUGCGGGUAUUCGUGUGUGGCAGUUUGCGCGCAACUCCAUCCCCUCCGACAUCACCGGCCAGAAACCUGAUCCGAGCACUUGGGGCGAGGCUGCGGCCGAUUUUCCGAGCACGGACUGCGAUGUUGCGAGUCACUUUAAGAACAAUUCGAUUAUCCUGAACAUUGAUCUUUGCGGCGACUUGGUGUACGGCGUUUGGGAUAGUUCUGGAUGCUCCAGCAACUGCACCGAUAUUGUUGCAAACAACCCCCAGUCCUUUACUAAUGCCUACUGGGAGGUUGGCAAAUUCCAAGUCUACCAGGCGUUGUAGGAGCGAGCGCCGACAUUUUCGUUUAAUGAGGAAUCGUCAUGAAUUAUCAUGGUUAAUACGCAGAGAAACGCGAGGAAUAUGUGUGGGUAUUAUAUAGUAAUGAAAUGAAUGAAACGGGCAUCAGGGGGUACUUUUGGCCCUUGACGUGUUCAAGAAAGAGGAAAUUACGAGACAGUUGGUAGACUAGUUAGUCAUAAUAUACAUAAUCCGCCUCUAUGGAAGCCUAGGUAUUUGUGAUACACAUCCAAAUCUCUUCAUAAAAUCAACAACAUGCAGUCAUCUCUCUCUCUCUCUCUCUUUUCCCUCCCUCUCCAUCGAUCAAAAGGCCACACCAAAAGUGGAGAGAUGCCAUGUCAGUUCCACCAACGCCAACCCAGAUGCUCUAUAUGUACACUCUACCGGAACUCCUCGACCCAUGAUUACCACAAAUUAAACGCAAGUAUCCUCGAACCCUUUCCUUCAUAUCAUCAUACACCUCCCUUUCUCUUUUUCAACAGCUAUAGCCAGCAAAUGCUCUACUCGUCACUCGGCUGUCUCAUGUACGCAUCAAUAGCCGCACUAAAAGCCGCAAAGGCAACGCAGCCUCCUGCAACGGCCUGCGGGCCCGCAUUCUUGGCCAGGAUGCCUCCCGUCAGGCAUCCAGCCGCGACGCCGUUGACCAGGUCGUUUUUCGCACGCAUGCCCUCGAUGCCGCACUCGAUUCCGGAAAACAGGGCGCCGACCUUGCCAAAGUUCUUGGCCAUGCUCCAGGACCGCGUGCCCAUGUCCUUGAAGCCGAUCUUGAGCUGCUGGCGGAGGGGGAGCGAAGUGAUGGCGGGCUGACCGUUGGCGCCUUGGAGGGGGCUGCCGAAGGGGGUAUCGUAGGACAUAGAGGCCAUGAAGAGUCCAAAGAGUCCGCCCAUGCCGAAGCCCAUGACACCUGACAUGAUGGACUUGCCAUAACAUGAUUCCAUUGCGCCUUGAAUAGCUCUGACGUUGGGAUCAUCCUGGCCCAG